AUGGAUUCUGCAUCAGCGAAUUUGAUUUAUGAGCUCAUGAAAAGUGACACUGCCGCCGAGCUAGAUCGCAUCAAGCGUAUCAAGGUCACCCAGCCGAAUUUAGAUUUGCCAGACCGCGAGGCGGCGCUUAAUUCAUGGAAACGAGAGAUAAAUCAUUUUCUAUUGCGACCCCAGGAGUUUAUCGCUGCAUUUGAGAGGGCUGACAAUGCUGAAGAUUCCGAGCCCGAAACUGUUGCCGAUGGCGACAGUGAUGACGAGUCGUCCCCAGCAGGUGGAAGUGAAUCGGGAGCUGAUCAUCUCUCGAACUCCGAUGAUGAAGCCUCCAUCGUAUCUCUCAGCUCAAGCUUGAGCUCGCUGUCUGCAGCCCCUUCCCUCGAUGAACUUGAUCGUGAAAUAGAGGCCCUUGAGCCUUAA